AUGCCUUAUUGCUCGGCUCUUCCUCUCCUCUUUCUUCACAUUCCUUAUUUCUCGGCUCUUUCUCUCCUCAUUCGUCACAUGCCCUUUUCCCAGGAGUUCCUCCUUCAGGUCGGAUCAGCAGCAGUGGGCGGAGCAAUAUGUUGGCAGCAGCAUUGGAGCACGAGGGUACACAAGAAUAGCACGUGCUUUGAGGACUUUUCUAGUGGUGGGAUUGGACUGGUGAGGCGGGGAGAGUGUUUGCCUGGUGGAGCCAACUGGAAUGGCCAACUGGUGAAGAGCCCAUCGUUGAUUCGCAAGGCACUUCCACACAUCCUCUCUCUCCCCCUCGCUGCGUUGCCCCUCCGCAUUCCUCCCUCUGCGACCCACAUCCCCCUGCAACCCACCUCCCUCUGCGACCUACCACCCCAUGCGCGGAUCGGGUCGCUCCUCGGGAAGCACGGCGUGAUCAUUCAGAGCAUUCGCGAGUCCACCGGGGCGCGCCUGAAGCUUGCGGAUCCAAUCCCCGGCACGGACGAACGCGUUAUAAUCAUCUCCGCUCGUAGCGACAAGAACUUUCGCAGUGGCGAUUCUGCGACCGACGGCGACGGGGCCGUGGAUCGCCCGGACGACUGGUCCGUCGCACAGGAGGCCCUGAUUCGCGUGCAUGCGAGAAUCGCCGACGCGGAUGGCGACAAUCGCGAGUUUCGCGACAAGGAUGGGGCCGAGGGUGGUGCUAAUAGCGGAGCUGGCAAUAGCGGAGGGACCCCUGCGAGGCUGCUCGUGCCGAGCAGUCAGAUCGGGUGUCUUCUGGGGAAGGGCGGUUCGAUCAUCGCGGGCAUGCGACAGGACAGCGGCGCGCACAUUAGGAUCUUCAAUAAGGACAAACUGCCGCCGUGCGCGCUGCCCACGGACGAGUUAGUGCAGGUGACGGGCGAGUAUCCUGUGGUCCAGAAGGCCCUCGAGCUCAUCUCCGUCCGCCUCCGCCGCUCGCCUCCUCGCGACCCGCCCAACUUCCUCGCCAUGCACCCCACGUCUGGUUACCACCAGCCUGCAGGUUACCAGCCGGCGCCUGGUUACCAGGCGUCGGGUUACCACCGGGGGGCUGAUGCGUACCCCCCUCGGUCCGCCCCAGCUGCGGCCUUCCCCCCGCAAGGCUACUCCCCUUACGCUCCCCCCCAAAGCUACGCAGCCGCGCCGUCCCUCUUCGGGGGAGUGUGGGGCGCGGGCGCAGCAGCAGGGGGGGCGCACGGUUAUGGGGGGAGAGGCGGGGGAGGUGCGGGGGAGGGGGCGGCGGUGGAGAUGGAAUUGCGGGUGCUGUGCCCCGCGGAUAGAGUGGGGAUCGUGAUUGGCAAGGGGGGUUCGCGGAUCAAGCAGAUCAAGGAGGAGACGGGCGCGCGAGUGAAGGUGACAGAGGCCGUGGCGGAUUGCGAUGAGCGCAUCGUGAUCAUUGAUGCCAUGGAGGCGCCCUUCUCUGCCCACUCACCCACGGAGGAGGCGCUGUUCCGCGUGCAUGCAGCCAUCUCGCAACACCAUGCAGGCGACAGGGCGGCAGGCGCCGCAGAGGAGGGCGGGCGGGACAGCCACGGGGUCACUGCCCGGCUGCUCGUUAGGAAGGGGCAGGUGGGGUGUGUGAUGGGCAAGGGCGGCAGCAUAAUCAGCGAGCUGAGGAGCACGAGCAGGGCGCGCAUCAACAUCCCUCCCAGAGACCAGCUGCCCAAAUGCGCCGAUGAGAGCGAUGAAGUGCUCGUGGUAUCAGGCGAGCCCCACUGUGUAUCACACGCUCUGCGCCUCAUCUGUGCGCGCAUCAGAGGCAGGGAAACCGCUGUUGCCUCUAAAGGCGCUGCUGCUGCCGAUGCUCGUGGUGCUGCUGCUGGUGGUGGUGCUGGUGCUGCUGGUGCGGGCGGUUAUGCGGAGACAGGGAGGGGAGGGGGGUACGCCUAUCCUGGGUCGGGCAGUCGAGGGGAUGCGGCGUAUGGGUAUUCGCCAGCAGGAGCGGCCGCACCAGCAGUGGUGGCUACUCUGUCUGCUGGGGGCCCUGAUGGCACUGUUGGGUGGUCGUACGAGCCAAAGGUGGAGCCCUCCUACCAUGACUCUGGCUAUUCUGCUCCCAGGGGCUCUGGCUGGGAUGUGGCGCCAGCAGCAGCGCAAGAGUAUGGCAGCUACUCACAUGCCUCUGCACCCGCGCCUGCCCACUUCUCCUCGCCUCCUCCCGCUCACACUGCUUCUGGUGCUGCCAGUGCUGGUGGUACUACGGGGGGCGGCAGUGCCGGUGCUGCUGGUGCUGCUGGUGGGUCAGGGGGAGCGGCAGGCGGGGGUGUGAUGACGGCGCUGGUGACAGUGCCUGCUGUGGCAGCAGGGGCGGUUAUCGGCAAGGGGGGAGCCAACAUUCAGCAGAUCAAAAGCGUAAGCGGGUGGGAGGGGGGCACGAUGGUGGGACAGGGGCAGAGGGAGGGAGUUGGAAGGAGGGGGGCACCGCCGCUGCUGAGAGACACGCCGAGAGGCGCGAGGCAUAUUGAUGCAUGGAAGAAAGAGGGGCUGCAGGCGUGCAACAGAGCCUUGUCAAAGACACAGCCUAUCACACCACACCCUUGUCAAGCCCUGUCACCGCUCUGGUCUGGACACCCUUGCCUUGACCCGCUCAAGCCUGGCCCAGGGUCGCUAAGGGCAUAG